AUGGCUCCAUCUACUGCUGUUCAAACCUCUACUCCGAUCACCCAAAAGGUGGACCAAGUGAUCCACCUCCACGCUGGUAAGGGAGAAGUGAGAUUCGCAGACUGGGAGAAAUUUCAAUUUGCUCCAAUUAGGGAGUCCACUGUAUCCAGAGCAAUGACCAAGCGUUACUUCGCUGACUUGGACAAGUACACUGAGUCCGAUGUCGUGAUCGUUGGUGCUGGAAGUGCCGGAUUGUCGGCAGCCUACACUUUGGCUAAAAACAGACCAAACCUCAAGAUUGCUAUAAUUGAGGCCAGUGUUUCUCCAGGUGGAGGAUGCUGGUUGGGAGGACAAUUGUUCUCUGCCAUGGUUUUGAGAAAGCCUGCUCAGCUCUUCUUGGAUGAGAUUGAGGUAGCAUAUGAAGAUGAGGGAGACUACGUGGUGGUCAAGCACGCAGCCUUGUUCAUGUCAACUUUGAUGUCAAAGGUGUUGCAGUUCCCUAACGUCAAAUUGUUCAACGCUACUGCGGUGGAGGACUUGAUCACUCGUCGUGAUGAAACCACUGGCGAGUUGAGAAUUGCUGGUGUGGUGACCAACUGGACUUUGGUUGCAUUGAACCAUGACACCCAAUCGUGCAUGGACCCAAACACCAUCAACUGUAAUGUUGUUCUUUCUACUACUGGCCACGAUGGUCCUUUCGGUGCAUUCUCUGCCAAGAGAUUGGAAACCUUGAGACCUAGAGGAGAUGACGCCUUUGCUUUGGGUGGAAUGAGAGGUCUUGAUAUGAACAAGGCUGAGGAUGCCAUUGUCAAGGGUACCAGGGAGGUUGCUCCAGGCUUGGUGAUUGCCGGUAUGGAGUUGGCUGAGGUUGAUGGUUCCAACAGAAUGGGACCCACUUUCGGAGCCAUGGCACUUUCGGGAGUCAAGGCUGCUGAGUCUGUGAUGAACGUGAUUGAUGUGAGAAAGAAGCAGAACGAGCAGUGCUACGGAGGCUUGAAUUAG